AUGCCAUUACAUUUGAAUAAAUUGACUUUAAGAUGUUUAACGAAAAUAUUUAAAGUUCACCAAAUUCAACCUGAUAAUAUUUGUGGUGUGUUUCUAGAGACUUCACCUGCUAUCGUUUUAAAUCCAUCAACAAUGGGAAAUAACGCUACAUCAGCUAACAAAAAAGUUGAUGCUGCUGAAAAAAAUCAAGUAAAAGAAGAAGAGUAA